AUGUUUAGUAGAACAAUUUAUCAAUUUGGAGCUAUCAGUAAGGUCUGCUAUCCAUCCUCAAUCAAAACAUCCUACCUAUUUGCCCUAUGCACUAAGAGAUCAAUUGAUCUCAUCAAACCUAGAAAUAUUUUAAAUUACUCAACAAGUAAUAUAUCUAAAGUUUCAUCGGUUAAAAAUCAAAUACAUUAUGAAAAAAAAUAUAUUGAUAAUGACAAGGUAAAAACUUUAGAAGAUCUAAUAAAAUUGGAAACUUUGGAUAAUGUAGACCCUGAAUUAAUUAAAAAAAUUAUUAAUGAAAAGACAGAUGAAUUAAAUAUUCAAAAUGAAUUAAACCUAUUGAAAAACUUACAAAAGGAGGAAAAGCAAAUUAUGACAGAUAAUAGUCCAUUGAAAAAAUUUAUUCGACCAGGUUGGAUUUUCCUAUUGAUUGCAUCAGCUACAUAUUUAUAUUUACAUAGUAUGUGGUGGAAAUAUGAAUAUACUUCAAAAGAAAGUGAAUUAAAAGAAAAAGUUGAAUAUUUAGAAAAGGAAUUGAAUGAAUUGAUAGAUGAACAUAAAAAAAGGAGACUGCCAAAGGAUGGUUUUCUUGGAUAUUUAAAAAAUCCGAAUAGUUUAUAUUCUUUCAAAUUCUGUACUUAUAAAAAAAUACAUUAA